AUGCUGCUGAGCUGCAGAGCAGAGCAGAGAGCAGAGCGGCGAGGCUGCAGGAACAGAUUCUACCUCACCACAGUGUCUUUGCCGGAGAAAAGCAGGAUCAUGACCCUGACAGCGUACAGAGAGAAGAUGCGAGAGCUCCCCCUGGUGUCCAUCUUCUGCUCCUGCAUCCUGCCUCAACCUGGGGAGCCGACGGCCAACAAGCAGGAAGGCGUGGUGGACCUGAACCUGUGCAACAUCCGGGACAUGGAGGUCAUCGAGCUGAGCAAGCGCGCGAGCGGCCAGGCCUUCGAGGUCAUCCUGAAGCCGCCGACCUUCGAUGGGGCCCCGGAGCUGAGGGCCACCACGCCGCCCCGCCAGAAGCCGUCGCUGGCGGAGAUCCAGAAGAAGCUAGACGCCGCGCAGGAGAGGCGGAAGUGUCAGGAGGCGGAGCUGCUGAAGCAUCUGGCUGAGAGGAGGGAGCACGAGCGCGAAGUGGCGCAGAAAGCUUUGACCAAAGACCGCCAGGAGCAUCGCGUCAACGCCAACCCGCUGCAGAUGCACCUGAACUCCUCACAGGAAGAGGACAAGCACAGUAUGGAGGUGUCAUGAUGGCCUGAUCACAACACAAGCUGAACUUUAUCCAGAAGCUGAUUCUGAGGGCUGACUGAGGAGCUGGGAGACUGGCGCUGCUCUGACCGGGAGGACUGGGAGCAGAACCGGUGGAGGGCAUGGAGGUCUGAGGGACAUUUGUCUCCUCCACCAGGACCCUCGUUUUCAAACAAACGCUGCAGAUUCAGUCAUCACUGGACAGUUUCCUGUGGCUUUGCUGUGCUUUGUUGCCAUGCCAACGGUGCCAACGUCUUCGUGUGUGAGUUUGACUGGACCAACCAGAACCCAACCCGGCUGAAACGGAUCAGCAGGGUUCUGUCUGAAACUGAAGCUGGACUCAGAUACCCUGAGUCAGACUGUGCCCCCUGCUGGACAGUUUGAACAUUUUACUGUGAAGUGGUUCCUUGGUGACAUCUAGUGGCGCCUCUGAGAACAGCAGAAACUCAGGAGCCCUGCUGAUAGAGCCACAGGCUCGGUACAGGUCCAGUUCUGUUUGAGAACCAGAACCAAGCAGAACCAGUUGGACUGUUCUGGUCAGGAUGAAAACCUGCAGGAGAAAAGAUGGAGGUCCAUACGGCUUACAGACCAGAACCGUCGGACAUUCGGGUCAGACCAGAACCACCUUGUUCCAAGUCACUGUCAGCAAGUGCAACUGAAACCAAACGGCUUUAGAACCAAACCAAGAAUUAGAGUCCGAUUCCUGCGGUCAGGACCAAAGUACCAGUAGAACCAGAACCGGGCCCCAAACAACAUGAUGGAGAGUCAAAGUCUGGAGGUGGUUCUGGUCCGGUUUCAGUACGGGUCCCAAUAGAGAGAGAUUAUGUUGACCCAAAAGUCAGACCUGGAGGUGUUCAAAGGAGAUCUGACCCAGAUUCAGAUUAAAUCAGACAAACUCGGGACCAACAAGUCCAGACGGGUCCAAAAACCUGAGAGACUGAGAUACGAACCAAGACAGAGCGGCCCGGCCCAAGAGUCGGCGCCAUCCACUUUUAUUUCUUCAGAUUCUGUUGAAAUUGUCUGACGAUAACUGAAAACACCUGAUAUGAAUGGAUGGAUGGAUGGAUGAUGGAUGGAUGGAUGGAUGGAUGGAUGGAUGAAUGGAUGAUGGAUGGAUGAUGGAUGAAUGAAUGGAUGAUGGAUGGAUGAAUGGAUGGAUGAAUGGAUGAUGGAUGGAUGAUGGAUGGAUGAAUGAUGGAUGGAUGAAUGGAUGAUGGAUGAAUGAAUGGAUGAUGGAUGGAUGAAUGGAUGAUGGAUGGAUGGAUGAUGGAUGGAUGAUGGAUGGA